AAUAUGUAUUGCUAUUCUUUCAGACCACAAAGACUAAAUUUUACUGUGUUAGCAACUCCCAUUUCUCUCUACUCUGCACGACUACUGCUUUUCCUCUUCACUCUUACACUACAAUCCUUAAAUUCAGUCCCAAAAAUCAUUGUUUCUCAGAUUCUUGAAACUUGAGGAAUUCACCACUACACUACUGUUUUUUUCUUUUUAGUUCUCCUCCUGUCUUUUUCAUAUUGGGGGAGAAUAAUCAGACAAAUAACAAUCCCUUUUUCAAGAAAAGUAAGGUGGAAAAUGGAUGUGGAUUUCUGGGCUGCAAGAGUUCACAGCCAAAUCCCUUCUGUCCAAUCUUCUAGGCUCGGAAACUCUGGUAAUCACUCACUGGUUGAAGAUGAAGGGGGUGAUGAAGUGAGAGCUUGGUUCCCUUGCCCUUUCUGUUAUGUCGAAAUCGAGCUUCCUAUGCUUUGUGUCCAUCUGCAAGAAGAGCACUGCUUUGCUUUGAAAAACGCGGUUUGUCCUAUUUGUGCAGCAAACUUGGGUAGAGAUGCAAUUGGCCAUUUUGCAGCGCAGCAUGCACAUUCUAUUAAGAGAAGGAAAAAGUCCCAGAAGUCGGGUUUCUGGAGCAGUGCAUCCUCGAAUAUCAUCAGGGACUUGAGGGAAUUGAGUUCCUUUCUUGGUUCUAAUUCACCCAAUGGAAAGGAAGCUUCUCUUGAUCCACUCGCGCCAUUUCUAUGUACCGUGCCUCUACCAGUCUCUAAAGACAGCAAGGAAGACGAGCCUUGUGUUGCUGCUACGAGUGAUGCAGAAAGGUACGCCGUUUGGAUCUCAACUAGUUUAGAAGCAUGCUUGAAUUGCAUUGAAUUGUUAAGUGCAAAAUGUUUGAGCUUUGUUUGUGAGCUUUGUUCAUGCAGCAGAUUGAGAUGUAAAUUCUUGGAAUUGGAUUAUCAAUUGAAUUAUUUGGUAAAACUAUCCUAAAUCUUGCAAGUAAGUUCAAUAUAUCUGCUUCUCAACUGUGCUCUGUUAUUCUUUGCACAUUCAAUGAUACAAUAUUUUUGUCUGAUAAUCAAUGCUCAAUGCACAAGUAUUUUACUUAUAUAUCUCUGCUUCUCAACUUUGCUCUAUUUUUCUUUCAACGUUAUAUUAGUAGAUGAUACUGUUUUGAUCUCAUAAUCAAUGUUGAAUGAACAAGCACACUUUCUGUGACUUAGCCAAAUCCUCUCACUUAAUUUCAUCUUUCACAUAGGCAGAUCAGAUGCUUACUACAUUUUGAUUACUGAAUAAUAUGUUCUUGCAACAGCAGAACUUCUCGUCUAGAUGAAGACAAAGUGCACAACCACGAGGAGACAAAGCAACGCGUUGCAUUCGUUCAAGACCUUAUUUUCUCGACCAUUUUUUAGCCCCUGUGGGAGCUGCUCCAUAGACAGUUGCUGCUUCAGGUUUUACAACUGGUGCAAUGGUUUCAAGAAAUAUAUCAAAUUGUCGUGAGCUUAUUAUUAUGUCUCGACAUAUAAUACAAUGUGAUGAGGCCAUUAAUAUUUACUUGAACAUGAAGAUGUAAUAUUAUAAUUAAGCUGCUGCUGAGCUAUUCAAUAGAUUUUCACCUGCUCUGCUUCAAA